GUGCCACCCUGUCACCCUUCUUCCAAGUGGCCAACACCCACCCCUCCCUCCCUUUCCCCCUCCUCCCUCCUCCAACCCCCUACCCCGAUCCCCCUACCCCGAUCCCCCUACCCCAAUCCCCCUACCCCAAUCCCCCUACCCCAAUCCCCCUACCCCAAUCCCCCAAUCCCCCUACCCCAAUCCCCCUACCCCUGCUCGCCCUGCCACCGACUUCUCACUCCUCCUACAGAUGGCCGGGCGCAGCAGCGUCAUCGCGGGAGACAGGUGGCAGCUUCUCAGUGGUGGGCUCGGUGGGCUCCAUGCUGACGGGGCUGCAGGUGGCGGUGGUGAAUGAGUUUGGCUACAUCGUUGCCAAGGACAACUCCGCUUUGGCCCGCGUCUCCCCAGACAGCCGCAUCAGUGGGUCCCUACGAGGCACCUCCCAGGCCGGCAUCAUCACAGUGCCGCCCAUUGCCGUCCGCGUUUCCCUCUUCCCGUGGCCCAUACUCCCCGCCCUCCCAUUUCAACCCGCUGCCUUACCUCAGGUGUGCGCCAGGGCAGGGCAUGGAGACAUGUCCCGACGGCACCUUCACCUUCUUCCCCAACGCUUCUUCUUUGCUCCUUCCCGUCACUCUAAGUCCCCUCUUCCCUCCCAUUACCCCUUCCCUUACCCCUCCACCUCCCCUCAGGUGUGCGCCAGGGCAGGGCAUGGAGACGUGUCCAGACGGCAGCUUCACCUUCUUCCCAACGCUUCUUCUUUGCUCCUUCCCGUCACUCUAAGUCCCCUCUUCCCUCCCAUUACCCCUUCCCUUACCCCUCCACCUCCCCUCAGGUGUGCGCCAGGGCAGGGCAUGGAGACGUGUCCAGACGGCGCCUUCACCUUCUUCCCCAACGCAGUGUCGCAGGAGCAGUGCACGGCGUGUGACGACGACAGCUUGGACUGCCGCUAUGGCACGCUGCAGAUCGCGUACCAGAAUUGGCUGGACCCAGCGUCGCUCAACUCCACGCCCACCACCUAUGCGUGCCUGCUCACCGAAGGAUGCUCUGGCACCACCUAUACAGGGCCCAACACAACACAGUGUGCCGUGGGAUAUAACAACACCGUGCCCAUGUGCUCCUCAUGUGCAGACGGCUACUACCUCGUGCUGCAGUUCUGCGAGCAAUGCACGGCUGCACUCAAAUCAGUGUUCCCCCUACUGUUCAUCAUAAUUCUCAUCGUCUGGGUGACGAUGAACAUGCUGGCAGACACGUUCGCAGCAAUGGACAUUUUCCUUAUAGAGGUGCAACUGCUCGCCAUGGUCGCCAACUUUAACCUCAACUUCCCCGCCUCCUGGGUGAAGACCGUCAUGCUGCUAUACAACAUCGCUGCGUUUGAUCCCGUGAGUCCUGCCGUUGUCACUGACAUCAUCGGGCCAGAAUGCGUGUUCGCCCUGCAGUUCACGGGCAAAUUCUAUGCCACCAUUCUCAUCCCCGUUAUAGGCCUCCUCGUUUACGCGCUCGUGUUUGCGCACCACCGCUGGCUGGGCGGCUCUUUCUUCGUGCGCGUGCACUCGUGGCAGCGCAAGGAGCGCCAGCGGCAGCGCCUGGCGCUGCAGCGCUCGGUAACGAAGCGGCGGGCUUAUAACGAGUACGAGAACUCGAUCGUGCACGCGUCGCUCAAGUGGCUCGACAUUUGCUACACGUCUGUGAUGGUCAAAGUGCUUGAAGUCUUCAAGGUGAUUGGGGCUUUAUGGUGCCUAAGAAAGCUCAAGUGGCUGGACAUUUGCUACACGUCUUUGAUGGUCAAAGUCCUUCAAGUCUUCAAGUCCCAGGGGAUCGGCACGGCAACAGUGAUGGCAGCAGCACCGCAGAUCGAGUGGUUGUCAUCAGCCCACGUGGGGAUGCUGGUAACCUCCGUGCUGGUUACCGUGGUGUACCUGGUGGGGCUGCCUCUGCUGUUUGCUGGCGUGCUGGUGGAUGCUCACACGUGCGAUGUGCUCUCCUCUACGCUCUUCAAGCAGCGCUUUGGCUGGCUCACCGAACGUUUCCGCCCCAAGUUCUGGUGGUGGCACCUGACAAACAUAGGCAUGAGGGUGCUGCACGGGUGCAUCCUCGUGUUCCUGCAACAAGAAACCGAGUCACAGGUAAGUGCAUGUUAA